GGAAGUGUUCGUGUUCGAAAGGCGGAUCCCUUUCUGCUAACUUGCGUCCCCCCCACACCCCCCUGCUGAUUUAUUUUCAGCCUUUUUCAGCUUCCUUCCGUAUUUUCAUCACCGUCAGGUUCGAACGAAAUCCCGUCCCUCAACUUUCGGGCUAUUCUCUGACGUCGAGAGGGUUGCUUUAAACCUGUCCGCGACGACAGGAAGACUUUCCCCUCCGCUAGCAACUAAGCUAACUUUUUUAUUUUUUGGGUAACACCACUUUUGAGCAGCACACGCACAAAAUGGGGGACAAAGAUUUGACUUGGGCGCUGAAAACCGGCGACUUGGAAGAGGUGCAAUCCAUGCUGAAGACGCAUGAAGAUGUCAACCGGACCCUGGAGGAAGGCGGCAGGAAGCCCCUCCACUUGGCGUGCGACUUUGGCCAGACGAGCAUCGUGGAGUUCCUCCUCUCCAAGGGAGCGGACGUCAAUGCUACCGACAAGCACAGCCUCACUCCGCUGAUCUACGCCUGCCUCGAAGGCCACGCUGCCUGCGUCAAGGUCCUGCUAGAAAAGGGCGCCGACAAGAACCACCCGGCCCCGGACGGCCAGAAGCUCGUGGAGAUGGUCGGCGACGACAUCAAGGCCAUGCUCAAGUGAUGGCGGGCGGGGGGGACGAGCCCAACGAGACUGGACUCGGCACAGAACCAGGUGGCCCUCUCCUCGCCGCUUUUGUCUGUAAGCUCCAGCGGGGGCUCAUCUUACCUGUCUAGUGGUUUUCUUCUUCUCCUACUCCUCCGAGAUGUGCUUUCCUCUCUUUUGUAGUUUUUUUUUUUUUUUUUUUUUUUUUGUUUGGUAAAUGGCCACCAGUGGUGGACAGGUGGAGGGUGCGCGCUCAAAUAAAACACAAGGCUUAUUAGCACUUCAAGUCGCUCUGCUACGUCAUCGUGUGUUUUCCCCUCGGCAUACUGAAUUGUACAAAGGAGAGUUGGACAGAAAGAAUUGAAAUGUGGAAUGAGAAUCAAGUCCUAUUUCGCGAUGGAAAAGAGUAGGCUUUCCAGGAAUCAUCAUUUUUUCUGCAAAAAUAAGACGUCUUUUGGAAAGUCUGCUUAAAAAAAAGAUUUCUCAAUGAGUAAUUUUUCGGUCCAAAAUAUGUAUUGUUGUUCAAUUGACACAGUUUGUCCUUGAUAAAUGUUUUAAAUCUCUUUAGUUGCGCAAUCGACUUCUCCAAACUACCCUUUUCCCCCCUCAAACACAACUAAAAAAAACACUUGACCAAAAUAGGACUUAUUCUCUCUUUUUCUCCAAUGUGUGUUCAAGAGCCUUUCGUAGAAUUGCACUGUACAAAAGUCAGCGGAACGGUUUUUGUUUUGUUUUAAUAUAACUACGCCCACUUUGCGGAAAGCUCCUUUUGUAUUGCUUACAUAUCACAUUGUCUUUCCCGUAUCCAUCGACCAAUCACCAUGCUGGCUAACGACAACAACUAGGAACACUUGAAUUAUUUUUUACUUAUUCUGGUGAGGUUGAGAAAGUCACUAACAGGAAAAAAAAAAAAAAACUAGUCAGUGUCUUGAGAAUGUUUGUUUUGCAGUUCAAUGGAUGGCGGGGGGCAUCCCUGUAAUAUUAAGACCCUUGCUUCUUUUGGUCAUUCCCCCCCCCCCCCCCCCCCUCCUUAAGUUUGCUUUGGCUACAUGUGAAGUCUGCUUGGACGUCGUCAUGUCGUCCGUCGCUCUCUCUCAGUUGCUUUCAAACAAAUAACGGCUACAAUGUAAAAAUAAAUUACAACAACCAAACCGACGCUCCCCGGCUUUGUUGUGACAAAAAGUCUGUAAAAAUAAAAAUAUCCAUAAACGUUCA